CUUCUACCAUUUCAGAUGUUGCUUAACGCUUUUUAGCUUUUAAGUUUCUUCUUCAGCAAUGGCUAUGAAAUCUGCUGUAACAGCCACUGAAACACUCAUAUCAACCGUUAGCGGACUAAUGGAGGAAUCUCGUCAAUUAAAGGAAGUCAUAGAAAGUCAAAAGCAAAACAAGGACUAUGCUCCGGAAAUUAAACAUAAAAUGCCCCUAAGUAGAAGCAACAAUCAGCUGCAAGUGCCCAAAAUGAUGAAAAUGAAUAAUGAGGCAGCGAAAGAUUCAAAGCUACUGCAAGCUACCUCUAGACAACAGCCCAAAUUGGGCAUCUCCAAGUCUCAAGAUGAUGAGGACUUAAAAGAGCAACAAUAUGGCAGUGUAUCACCCAUAUCUUUUACAAAAACUUCAACAACAACAUCGCGGACAGCCAUAAGUUCUUUGGGUGCCUCGAGGGCUAUUAAUUUUCGUAUGAAAUUCCGCAAGAGUCAUACUUGUGGUAGUCUAUUUGCAAAAUGUAAUUGUGGCACUAAUACCACUUCCACCGAAAUGGAAACAACUCAUUUAGCCGGCUCACGUGCCGCCUCAAUUGAUAAUACCACAACAGCACUAGCUGCAGCAACAACAAUUACCCAAGCCACCAUACAUAAUCAGUCGUUAUAUUACCAGCAACAGCAGCAACAACAACAACAGCAGAAUUUGCAUCUCUCUAUGUCACCCUCUUCCAAUACAGAACUCUCGCUGGCCUCUUCGGUCUCGGAUAGUGCAGCAAAACUAACCGCUAGUUCGGGUUUUCAUUCACUCUCUACACAAACAUCAUCGGCCACCUCGGCUUAUCUAUCCAGAGAAGAGAGUCUAACGGCCAGCUUUGAUACUCAAUUGAUCUCUCCCACCACAGAGACACCGCCAAUAACAACAACAACAACAAUUGAAACAACAACAACUAAACUUUUAGCAGUCACCGCUAAUACUGAACAAUUAGCUAAAUCAAACGUUAGUCAAGAAACGGAACUUGUAACAUUAACACGUUCAAAAGCUCAACAGAUACCGCGAAUCUCUUCACCGUCUCAGCUAGAAGCUUAUAACGCAAAAUCCUUAGCUAAACCAACACCCAUACCUUCACCCCGACGUUCGGAAGUUUUACAAAAAUCUUCGGCGAAAAAACUAUUUCAAUCGUAUUCUCAUCCCGAUACCGAUUUCAUUUUCACCGAUGAAAAUAAACAUCCUUCUCGGGAAUCGUUGUCUCUGCUACAAACUCCUCUCCUACAAACUCAAGACACAGUUAUAACUACACGUGGUGGCAAAGUGGAAAUUAAACAACCCAAACGUUCCUCUUCACCCAAUAUCGGUCAGUAUCAGGUGCUAGAUGUUGCCGUACAUCCCGAUAUUUUAGUGAAAAUCUCUCCCAAACAUUCACCACAGUGUGAAAUACGUCGUACUCCUUUAGCGACACGUUCCACUGCACAACGUCGCCGACUAUUGCAAAGAUCUCAUGAAAUAGAUUCGGGUGGUUCUACCACAGAUUCGGAAAAAUCUCUGGAUUUGAGGACGCACGGUGAAACACAAUUUUUACUGGGUAAACCUAACCCAACUAGUCCUUUAUUGUCAACGAAAUUGUUACCGGGACAAAGUUCCCCCACCAGUCUAAGUGAGGACGCCAACUUUGAUGCGGCACAGAAAUAUUUUGCUGAAAGUGGUAUUUUGGGACCCAUACAACAAAAUCAAAGUAAUUUAAUAAGAAAGACUUCGAAGGCUUUGCAUGAUUCCAAUGUUAUAGAGCAGAUCCGCAAAACCUCCAUGAUUCUACGUUCCCAGACUUUAAACACUGGCAAUAGCAAUCAAGCAACUAAUGUCUCUUCAAUGCGUAAAAAUUCCUCCACUAGCCCCGGCUCUUCAGCACUAACGUCUCCGACAAAAAGUGGUUUUACCCCUUUAAAUGCCCAAAAUAAUUCCUUAGCGCUUAAACUACAAACUAUGACAACAACAUCACCCACAUCUCCUGGAGCAGCAGGAACUGCACAGCCAGCUUUAAUAUAUUCACCACCCUCACCACAAUCACCACACACCAUGGCCACUAAAUGUGGUUUUAGUCCUAAUGUUACCACACAAAGUUGUAUGGUGGUCGAUGAUAAAGAUGCCCAAAUUAAAUCACUGCAGGGUGAAAUUGUUUCUCUUAAAGAUGUGAUCAAAUCUCGUGAUGCUGAGAUUGUUAAGCUUAGAAGAGAAAUACACAAGUUAAAGGAGCAUUUCGAUUUUAACGAUUUUAGUGGAGAUCUUGAGAGUGUUCUACAACAAACGACCAAUCACAUACCCCUCGCCCACGAUGAAUUGCUGCAACCACCCUCGCCCACUAUCUGCAGCAACAGUUCGCCCAAUCGUUUCCUAAUGCCGUUGCAGUGCAGUGAUAUCUCCAGUUCUCAAGAUAAAUUCUGUGAAAAAUGUAAAAAAUUACUAGAGAAUCGUUUCGAAACCAUACCGGAACAACGCAGCAGUGAAGCACGUAUAACACCCGACAGCAAUGGCAGUUCCAUAGACUCCAGUAUAUCGGAUCCAUAUCAAUCGUGUCAUUCACGUUCCGCUUCCACUGGUAAUACUUCUGAAUCCUGGGCACCGGGUGAAAAGGAUGAUGCUCAAAAUGCUCCUAAAACCGAUGCUAACGAAUCGAAUGGUUCGGUUAAGCCUAAAGUUAUAAAUGCAAGCCAACACCACCCAGUGCUCAAGAAACAAGGUGUAUCCGGUGAAAGUUGUGAAAUUUCCAUGCAACAAUCGAUAAAUAUACCCAUACCUAAAUAUGACAAGGAUUAUAGCAGCAAACAAUUGAUUAAAGAGGCCAUUAUGGAUAAUGAUUUCUUAAAGAACAUAGAUGCUUCGCAAGUCAGGGAAUUGGUAGACUCUAUGUAUUCUCUAAGCAUAGAAAAGGGUAAAUUUGUUAUAAGAGAAGGAGAGGUGGGAGCACAUUUGUAUGUUUCUGCCGAGGGAGAAUUUGAGGUAGAGAAAAAUGGAAAAAUAUUGGGUAUCAUGGGACCAGGGAAGGCCUUUGGUGAAUUGGCCAUAUUAUACAAUUGCACCAGAACUGCUUCCAUAAGAGUGCUGUCGGAUGCCAGAGUAUGGGUAUUAGAUAGACGUAUCUUCCAGCAGAUUAUGAUGAGAACGGGCAUGCAGCGCAUAGAGAAUAGUGUAAAUUUCUUGAAGUCGGUACCUUUGCUAAAGAAUCUCAGUGAAGAGGUUUUGGCUAAAAUAGCAGAUGUUUUGGAAGUGGAAUUUUAUCCCGCUGGUACUUAUAUCAUACGACAAGGCGCCAGUGGCGAUACCUUCUUUUUAAUUUCUCAGGGUUCGGUUAAGGUCACACAGAAACUAGCCCCUUCCACGGAAGAGAAGGAAAUUCGCACCCUGCAAAUGGGUGAUUAUUUCGGCGAGCAAGCCUUGAUUAAUGAAGACAAACGUACUGCCAAUAUUAUUGCCAUGGCUCCCGGUGUUGAGUGCCUAACAUUGGAUCGUGAGUCUUUUACUCAUUUAAUAGGUGAUCUUUGUGAGUUGAAGGAGAAAAAUUAUGGCGACGAAAAUCGUGUUUUGGCCAUGAAGUAUUCGGAGAAAACGAAGGAGAUUUUCGGAGCUAAUGUUAAGCAAGAAUUCCCCGACAUGAAAUUAACCGAUCUUGAAGUUGUGGCCACUUUGGGCAUUGGCGGUUUUGGACGCGUUGAACUCGUCAAAGCCUAUCAAAAGAAUAGAGUGGAUAUUUUUGCUCUUAAGUGCCUUAAGAAACGUCAUAUAGUCGACACCAAACAGGAAGAGCAUGUUUUCAGUGAGAGAACCAUUAUGUUGACCUGUAACUCACCCUUUAUAUGUCGUCUUUAUCGUACAUUCCGUGAUGAAAAAUAUGUCUAUAUGUUGCUAGAAGCCUGUAUGGGUGGUGAGAUUUGGACUAUGUUAAGAGAUCGUGGUUCAUUUGAUGAUAAUGCUGCCCAAUUUAUAAUCGGUUGUGUAUUGCAGGCCUUUGAGUAUUUGCACGCUCAAGGUAUUAUAUACAGAGAUUUGAAACCAGAGAAUUUAAUGUUAGAUGAGAGAGGUUAUGUUAAGUUGGUGGAUUUUGGCUUUGCUAAAUAUAUUGGCAAUAGCAGCAAGACCUGGACUUUUUGUGGCACACCCGAAUAUGUGGCUCCAGAGAUUAUUCUAAAUAAGGGUCAUGAUCGUGCUGUUGAUUAUUGGGCCCUGGGUAUUCUCAUACAUGAAUUACUUAAUGGAACACCUCCCUUUACCGCCAAUGAUCCUAUGAAGACCUACAAUAUUAUUUUGAAAGGUAUUGACAUGAUCGAUUUUCCUAAGCAUAUGUCAAGAUCUGCUGUACAGCUGAUUAAAAAAUUGUGUCGUGAUGUGCCUGCUGAACGUUUGGGCUACCAAAAGGGUGGCAUACAAGAUAUCAAAAAACAUAAGUGGUUCCUCGGUUUCGAUUGGGAUGGUUUACAAAGUCAAUUGUUAAUACCACCCUUCGUUAGACCUAUUGCUCAUCCUACAGAUACUUGUUACUUUGAUAGAUUUCCUUGUGAUCCCAAUGAACCACCAGAUGAAUUAUCUGGUUGGGAUGCUGGUUUUUAAAUAGUUCGUACUCUAUAAACAUAAGUGCCUGGUGCAUCCUCCCCCUCAAACAAAAUUUAUAUUUUUAUCAAAUUUACCAAAUCUUUAAUAUAUAAAAUCACUAAUCUUAAGCAUUUUUUCUCUCGCUUUAGUUGUUAGUAUAUUAUAAGCGUUUAAAAGAAACAUUUUUAGCUAAAUUAUUGCUCAUACAAGUUUUUUAAAGAAAGUGCCUUAAAAUGUUGCUCAAAUUUUCGGUUUUUAGUUUUAUUUCUUUUUAUACAUUUUAAAUGUUAAUUAUAACUAUGAAAUAAAAAAACUGUUUAAAUAUAUAAUUAAUAGUGUAUUUAUCGUAAUAUAAUUAUGCAUUCUUUAUAGCUUUUUUGUAUAAGUAAAACUUUUUAAAAAUUGUUACGCGUUCUUUAAUUUUUAAAAUUUUAGUAAUAAAUGUAGUUAUUUUUUGUGUUAUUUAAUAAAUUAGUGAAUUAUUUUUUGAAUAACAAAUAAAAAGCCU